UACAAAAUAGUAAAACCAAACACACAAAAAGAAGACGCAGGCAACAGCUAUUCAUAGAGCAAGACUAGUAACUAGACUAGGCUCGAGGAAAGGCGAGCUAGACAGAGACGCGAUAGAACGCCGUUGUAGGCAUCCAAUUUUGUACGCCCAGGCCACGCAACGGUGAUGUGGGACACAUCCCGCAACGGGCAAUGCAACAACCCCAACGUUAUAUACCGUCUGUAUCUGAUCUAUAUGGCACGGACGAGAUAGAACUGCUGCUGGACGAGAUACGUGAGCUGGAGCUGGAGCCGGUCUGCUGUCAGCUGGACGAUGAGCAGGACUUUGAAAUAGCUGGCAGCAGAGCCGGCGAGCUCUCGCUCUCACUCGAAUCGCCACUGGGCACAUGCACCUCUUGGGACUCGCACGCCAACUACAAACAGCAACAACAAACGCCGCUGCCAUGGGGCGUCGCCCUACACUGUGAUCCGCAACACUUGAAAACGCCUACAGGGAUUGUGCGCAUACUACUGGUGUUAUCCUCGGCCGUCUGUCUUGCCUGCGAGUGCUCCGCGGGCACCGUACAGGUCGGCCUCUUUCUACUGCCACUCAUCGGGCGCCUGAGGCUGAUGGUCUUCUGUGCGCUCUUCUCGCUACUCAUCACAUGCCUCAUGAUCUUUCUCGAUAUAUCGCACAUAGCGCUAAUGUUCCCAUUCAACUGGACGAAGGUGAACACGUGGACGUACCUGAGCAUUGGUUUAAUAUUUAUUUUGAGCUCCACGCUGCUCGUCCACAUGGUGCUCUAUGCGACCGAGUACACCUGGGUAUCCAAGCACUCCAAGGACACGUUACUAGCCACAGGCCUAAUUGGCUACAUCUGCGCCUUGGAGGCGCUGCUGUUGUCGGGCAUCGCCUCCUGGCCCUGGUCGCAGUAUCGCCAGGUGCCCGACGAUGCCAGCGAACUGUUUAUCGAAGAUCGCGAAAUGACGCCGAUGAGUCCCAUAAACAGCACCGAUCUGCAGCUACAGCCAGACACUGGCCACAGUCUGACGCCCUAUCAGCACAGCAGCCAGACCAAUGGCAAUGCCACGGCGCCCGAUGCAUAUAACCAACAACAACAAUCGUCCUAUAAUCAAAAGCCUUAUAUACCUGCCAAACGACCCAAUGAGCUAAACCAGCGCCCAACAUUGGGUCACACACAAACCGCACGGAUGAAACCGAAUCAGCGUUAUCGCGAGGGCUAUCACUACCAGCCGGUUGCCACGUCCACGUCCCGCCAGAGUCCCACGUUCGUUGUGGGAGAUGAUCUGGGUGCCGGUCCAUCCACAUCCCGUUCCAAUGAUAAUUCUAGUGCGUGAUAGUUUUUAUUCCUCAACGACAACAGCAACAACAAAUUUAUAUAACAAAUACUUUG